AGGGGGCCUGCGGGGAGGACGCGGCGCGGCUGACGUGGGCCGGGGUCGGCGCGGCGGGCUGUGGGCAGCGGCGACGCGCAGCGACACAGUGUCCCGAGACGAGGACGAGCUGGCGCCGCGUCCGCACCUCCCGGCACAGCCCGCGCCGCGGCAUGCGCCGAGUUCAGCUGCGUCCGCUCGGCGCUCCUGCCGCUCCGGGUGCCGCCAUGGCCCCGGCUUUCUGGCCAUGCCUCAGCCACAUCCUCUGGCUCGCCUGCCUCCUGCCGUUGGCCCCGGCUAGGGUAGCCGCAGGGCUGUAUGAACUUCACCUCACCACUGAUGGUCCUGCCACCACUGGGGCAGAGGUGACCAUCACAGCCAGCCUGGUGGCCAAUGACAAUGGCAGCCUGGUCCUGCCCAGCAGCACCCACCUCUACCACUUUCACUGGAUCCAUACCCCGCUGCUGCUCACAGGGAAGACCGACGAGGCUUUCAACUCGACCAUUCAUGCCGUGGGGAAUGUGCCUGGGGACUUUCCGGUCUCUGUCUGGGUCACUGCUGCUGACUGCUGGAAGUGCCCACCUGUGGCGAGGAGCCUCCUUGUCCUCCCCAUCACAGAGCUUCUGGUGGGGAACCUUGUCGUCACCCAGAACACAUCCCUGCCCUGGCCCAGCUCUUACCUCACCAAGACAGUCCUUAAAGUUUCCUUCCUCCUUCAUGACCCGAGCAACUUCUUCAAGACAGCCUCAUUUCUCUACAGCUGGGACUUCGGAGAUGGCACCCAGAUGGUGACUGACGAUGCUGUGGUCUACUACAACUAUUCGAUCAUUGGAACCUUCACUGUGCAGCUCAAGGUGGUGGCAGAAUGGGAGCAGGCAACUGUGGAUGCUGGGAAGGGCACUGUGCAGAAGACGGGUGACUUCUCUGCCUCACUGAAGCUGCAGGAAACCCUUCGAGGCAUCCAGGUCUUGGGGCCUACCCUAAUUCAAACCUUCCAGAAAAUGACUGUGACCCUGAACUUCCUGGGGAGCCCCCCUCUUACUGUGUGCUGGCGUCUCAAGCCCGAGUGCCUCCCACUGGAGGAAGGGGAAUGCCACCCGGUGUCAGUGGCCAGCACAGCCUACAAUCUGACCCACACCUUCAGGGAUCCCGGGGACUACUGCUUCAGCAUCCAGGCCGAGAAUGUCAUCAGCAAGACGCACCAGUACCACAGGAUCCAGGUGUGGCCCUCCAGCAUCCAGCCGGCCGUCUUUGCCUUCCCGUGUGCCACAUUCAUCACCAUGAUGCUGGCCUUCAUCAUGUACAUGACCCUGCGGAAUGCUGCUCAGCAAAAGGACAUGGUAGAGGUGGCUGAUUUUGACUUUUCCCCCAUGUCUGACAAGAAUGCGGAGCCACCUGCUGGGGUCAGGUGCUGCUGCCAGGUGUGCUGUGGGCCCUUCUUGCUGGAGACCCCAUCUGAAUACCUGGAAGUUGUCCGCGAGAACCAUGGGCUGCUGCCACCCCUCUACAAAUCCGUCAAAACGUACACGGUGUGAGCACCCCCACCCCCAUCCCAUCUCAGCACUGACUGACUGCCAACAGGGAGCUUCAGGCAGGGUGGUGCUCAUGACCAAGCAGGAGGGGUUUGCGCGUGGGGGCUGUCUGCCCUGGCCAGCCACCCAUCUGUAAUUCUCUGUUACACAGCCCAGCCAUCAUCCAUCUGUAUAGUCAGCCUCUGCUGUGAGCCUCUCGGUCGGCUGCACCCCACCCCUGGCCUCUGAAGAGGCCCCAAGCAGGACUCGACGUGGUCCCUCCUCUCUCCCAGGUGUGCCUGGCUGCCCCUCACCAGUUCUUCCCUUACCGGUAUAUCUGCCAUCCCUCUGGGGUGAGCUUCCCCCCCCCAGGUGGCCCCACUUAGGUUAGAGAGCUGGGAGGAAGGUCACAAAUAGUUAAGGCUACGUCACAAAAGGUCAUACAUACAGAGACAAGCAUACACACAUGCACACAGCACAGAAAACACAUGUGUCACACAGCCAUCUCAGAUGACUUCCUGUGUGUCACUUAUAUCGGUUGCUGGGCUGUACCCUGAAUUAGAACUAAAAUGAAAUGUGACCUUCUCUACUUGCCCCACACUCCUGGGCCCGGCCCCUUCCCUCCCUUUGUGUGCUGCCCCUGUGGCUACUGGACCCUAUUCUAAGGACACUAUUUCUGGACUGCUUGCUUGGGUUUUGGUAGGGGCAGGGCCGACACUGUGUGAGUGCUUUAUGGUGUGCAGAGCACCUUCUUCUAUUGAGACCACUGUAACUGCCACUGAGGAAAAGGCCAUGCAACAAAAGAGGAGUCAAGCCAGUGGGGACUUGGGUUCCCUGCAGGGGGAACAGCGUUCUUACCUGUUCAGCCGCCCCCAGGGUGGCCUUGAGAAGGAAGGGGCAGUGUUAGAUGGAACCAGCUCGCUCCUUUCUCCUGUGGCCCUGAGGCCUGGGAGAGGCAGAGCACGUGAAGAGAGCAAGUUUGGUGCAGAAGGAGACCAGAAUUAGGCCCUAGCACAACCACGCAGGAGUAAUGGGAGCAACCUAGGCCUGUUUGCAGGGUGACGGAGCUGGAGCUCUGUUGCUGUAACCAUUUGCUCUCCAACUUUGUGCACUUUUCCCACUGUCAUGCAGCUCAUCUCAUGAAAUACUGCCAUUAUUGCUGAAUAAAGCUUUUGUGCUCUGAAUGUAACCAAGCA